GGAGGAGGAGGAGGAGGAGGAAGAGGAGGAGGACGACGGCCAGCUCAGCCGGCCGCCGCGGGCCCCCGGAGCCCGACCGAUGGGCCAGGCAGCGGCCCCAGCGCCCUUCGGCGCCGCGAGCCGCGCCGCGCGGGAGAGUGAGGAAGAGGGAGACGAGGCGGACCAGGAGGAGCGGGAGAGGGAGGGGGAGGAGGGGGAGGAGGUCCGCGCCGCGCUGAUACGGCGGCGACCCCGGCGCGGACGUUCAAGGUUGAGAACGCCACCAAUGGCCUGGAAUCGGUCAGCAUCGAGCGGUCUACGCGGUCGGGAAAUUCCGAUCGUCAAGGUCGAACUUGCUACGCGGUGUGCUGUCCGGCAUCGGAACAUAUUACAUAAUUACAGAAUGAGGUGUUCCUUUUAGCAACGGGGGCUUGUUGAGCCGUUUGAAAAUAUAUCCUGAGAUGCAUGUGUUCUGUCCGCAACACUCGCACGAAGCUCUACUUCCACACUCGGUGGAGGUAGCGCGUAUACGCAUGACGACAUGCAAUCUCUCUCGUGGCAGCAGUGGUUGCGUGUACCAUGUAGGCGGAACUUGUUGGGGGCCUCCGCAAUAAGAAGCGCGUGUUCAGAUGCUAUCAUUGUCGGAAGGACCCUUUCCAAUCCAUAAGCAUCUAGGCAAGCCGUCUUAUUACGACAGUUUGAAUCGUAGCCAGAUUCCCAAAUCGCCAGCCACCGAGAUAUAGCAGCGAAUAGACGUGGGUUUUGCAACAGCGGUGCUGAGCGGGCCCAGAAAGCAGUUCCCGCAACAACCGCCCACUUGUCACGGGGAGGAAGGGCAACGUGAUUGUCAUACAGAAAACCCCAAGCUCGUCUCAUAGAAGCGACCCCCUCCUUCUCUGGAAAUGAAUAGUUGGCCAGAUGGUCAAACGAGUCGUUGACUUUAACAGGAUCGACCAUAUCGUCAUACCGCCAUGUCAGGGCCCAUGGCCCCAAUAUGCCCAAGUCUCGCUGAUGGUCAAGCCUAUCCAAUAUGUGCUUGACCUGAUCCUUACUUCCGCAAAGCGACGUCAACAUCUGACACCGCCAAGAUGGUGCACGUUUGCUAUGCACUUUGAGCAGAAACUCGUACAUCGAUGGGUCAAGUACCUGCUGGAUCUGUUGAAGGAACAAGCCCACGUCGGCGCCCUUGUUCUCGAGGGAGAAAUUCAUGAUCAAUCGCGCCUGGUACUCGCCCCCCAUGUUCCAUCUGUGCACCAGCAAGCGGGCGUCUUCAGCGAUGCUGGAGUUGUUGCUGCCUGAGAUCAUUCCGAUGUAUACGUCCACGUUCCGUGUCAGCCGAGCCCCUUGUCGAGAAGUGCAGGUGGCCCCUUCUAGCACAUUGGUGACGCACUCCCGAAGGUGCGGCCACACAGACGAGUUCGCCAUCUGCACGAACACCGCAACAGCUGACUUCGGAGGCACUCCCAACACACUAGCAGGCGGCGUCGAGGAAGAUGCGAGCAUUCGCAUUCGCAUUCGCACCGUAUGCAACGAAGCUAGCAGCGUAUUCGCAAGUAUCGUUGCGCAGACAGCAACGCAACAACGCAGAGCCCUACGCGUGUGCGAGACCAGGUGCGGGCAGCCUGGCAGGAGCAUCAGGCACGCGCGGCAACCCUCCUCUUGAAGCAACUUGGGGCCGCUAGGAGCCUGUCAGGGACACAUGCCAACUUGAGCCAGAAUGGCCUAAGCGAAAUGGC